AUGCCAGCGACAAAGCAUCCUGUCGUCUUCAUCCACGGGGCUAUGGGCUGGGGCAAAACGUCGCCGCUCUUCAACAGCCUGCCGUCCUACUGGCCAAAAGGCGCUCUGGACGAGCUGAAUCCCAACCACAUCAUUGUCGACGUCGGCAAGGUUUCGUCCGACCACGAUCGCGCGUGUGAGGCCUUUUACCAGCUCUUUGGUGGAACCGUCGACUACGGCGAGGCUCACGCUGCAGCUUGCGGUCACUUGCGCUUUGGCGCCACGCACUCAAAAGCCAUGGCAUUGCACCCCAACUGGAGCGAGCACAACCCUGUGCACUUGGUCGGACACAGCCUUGGCGCCACGACGGCAAUCGAGCUCUACCAAUUGCUCUGCAAAGACGCAUUCCACGUCGGCUCGAACCACAAGUGGGUGAAGGGCAUUGUGAGCAUAUGCGGACCGUUGACUGGGUCGACGUUGGGCAACUUACUUGGUGGCGACGUCGAAAAGGGCCUGUCGUACUGCAGCGCGGGCUACGUGGUGGGCACGUCCCUAACUGUGCUCUGGAAGUGCCAAGAGUUUUACGCGCCGUGGCUCAAGUCCGUCUACGACCUUGGGAUGCCGCAAUGGACGCCCCAUCCAUCAUGGUCAUGGGUGUUUUCACGCGCGAACGACAUGUACACGAGCCGAGACCUCGCAUUCUAUGACAUUUUGCCCGCUGCACGUCUGCGCAAGAACGAAAUGCUUAUCGACAUGGACAAGGUGCAUCUGCUGAGUAUCGCUACAAAGGCCACAAAUUCCGGACACAGCCUUUCAGCGCUUUCGUACCUUCUCCACGCGUUCACACGCGGACUUGACGCCGACGCUUUGUACGACGGGUUCGAAAGCGAUCACUGGGCGCACAACGAUGGGAUUGUCAACACCGUCUCAAUGCGCUACCCGCGGUCAGACUCGGAUGAUUCGGAUGACAGCGGCAGUGUUACUGACCUCGAAGCCUGCCAAGGAAUGGUCCGAGGCAAAUGUCCCCACCGCUGCACACGACGACGUGUGACGACGGCCAUGUCGACGCGCCACGCGACCGCCCCUCACUUUGCCUUUUUCAAGUGCCGCGACAUUUGCAUGCGCGAAACAACGACCUCGGAAAUCGUGCUCUGGCGCGUCUCGGAGGAGUUUGCGUCGCCGGUUAUGGUCGUCGACCCGAAACACUCGAACCAGUUUGAGAACCGGCUCAAGCAGACGCGACGCAAGCGAGUGCUCGUGCUUCUGUUCGGCGUCGUUGUCGUCGUCGGAGCUGCGAUCGCAAUCGUACUGUCGUCAUCAAGUCCCGUCGAAGCAAACCAGAAGGCAAGCUUUACGCCAUGGCCGUCGACAACUGCGACGAACGAAACCUCAGUGCUGGUGCCGAUUGGUACUGAUGCGCCAACGCCCGUACCGACCUCGGUGAGUACGCCAGAGCCAACGACCUCAACACCUGCGCCCGCCAACACAACAUUAUCCCCGUCCCCAACAGAGUCGGCUACGGUCACGGCAGAGCCGACGCCAGUCGCCACGCCUGCGCCGACACAGGCAGCGGCACCUACGCCCGCACCCACCGAGGUGCCAGUCACGUCGUCCAACCAGGCAAGCUUGCGCUUCGUGAAUCGAUGCGAAAAGGACAUUGAGAUUGUCUACUCGCUCUGCUUUGAGCACGUCGCGUGCGUCGAAACGUCCCAGUGGCUCUCGAGAAGCGUGACGUGGGACGUCUACGGCCACCAAUACCAGUCGUCGACCUUUCGCGUCGGCUGGAGUCCAGAGGCAACGCUGUUCGAGUCGAGCCGAGGCGGUGGCAAGGUGUGGUAUGACAUUAGCGCGAUACCACCGGGGUGUGGCAAUGGCAUGAGCUGGGAAGCGUGCAGCAAGGGUGGUCGUGUCAAAGGCUACAACGUUGCGAUCGGUGUCGCGCCGCAGCGCCUCGCCCCGGAAGCCGGGUACAACUGCCCACCGCUGCUCUGCGCAACCGAGCGGUGUGCGGACGCCUACCUUUUCCCAAAGGACGAUUACCACACCAAGAGUUGCCACCAAGACGAAGCGCUCGUAGUAUCUUUUUGUGCAUCGUCGUGAAUGCUUAUCCCGUUGGUGUUCAUCGCUGAGUAAAAACUAAUGUUUUAAACUGGAAUGGCCCCCAGUACUACAUUGAAUAACAUGGCCGGGACAGAAAUGCC